AUGGAGCUGCGAAUAAUUGGAAUCCUAUAUAUAAUUGUCAUAAUGGCUUUAGCCAAUGAAAUGUCGGCCGUCCAACCCAGGGACAACACUAAACGAAGAACGAAAGAAAAGGGAGGAUUUCAAAAGAACAUCUGUGAUAUCACUGAUAGGGACUCAAAAGUUCACUGCUACUGCGAGAACACUAGAGAGCCAAGGAACGCAACAAAGGCCGAAUGCUGGGUAUUCAAUGGAGGUAUUCCCAGGGAUGACCUCAUCUGGCAAAGUUUCGCGUCACAACCAACUUUGCAAACUUUGUCUUUCAACAUCCGCGUUGACGGCGCGUUAGGCUACGUGCCAACCAAAGCUCUCCAGUACUUACAGAAACUUCGAUCCAUAAACAUAAAGUAUGGAAACAUAGUUGACAUCGCCCCCCUCGCAUUUGCUAACCUAACUAACCUGAAAGAAGUAUCGUUGUCUCAGAACCAAAUAGAAACCCUGCAACCACUUGCAUUUGCGCAUUUACCCAAUAUCACAGUUAUCAAUUUGGAGGAAAACACAAUACUCGAAAUUGGAAAAGAUUCUUUCAUUGAUCUCCCUAAGCUGCAAAAGCUGGUUCUGACGAAAAACAAUAUAACAACGAUUAGCAACGGGGCUUUCCAGCACACGUUCAAUCUCUUGGAAUUGGACCUGAAUAAAAACAGCAUAUUCCAUCUAAACCGUCACACGUUUGAUGGAUUGGCGAACUUGCGGAAAUUGGAUCUGAGGAAGAAUCGUAUUUACAAUUUGACCGAAUUCACGUUCGCCGAAUUGUGGAAUUUACAAGAGUUACUUUUGGGGAAGAAUGAAAUAAAGUAUAUAUCUGCGAGGGCGUUCGACGGUCUGUCCCAGCUGCGGAAGUUAUCCCUUGACGACAAUAAACUGGCCGCUAUACCCCCGGGCUUGUUUGAAGGAGUGCGGGGCCUUAGCUCCCUCGACCUGCGUUCGAAUGAGCUCCACGCGUUAACUUUCGACAAUAUAAAGCCCAUAUUGGAUAAUUUGAAACCUCUAAACAGCAAUUUGCUACUUGAAGAGAACAACUUCGUCUGUGACUGCAGGCUGAAAUGGAUGCAUUCAUUACGAAACGAGACAAAAAGUCAAAGCACUAAAGACUCGCUUGAUGGCGUGACCUGCAAAAUGGAUCCACCAAUCGUCAGCUCAGCGUAUAACAAAAUGGACGAUAAAAUUAAUUACAUCGAGGACACGGCGAAACAAAACACGACUGACGAAAUCUCAAAGAAGGGCGUGAAACGGAACGUUUUAAAAAUUCCCACUGAAACACUACCUUGUCGCAAAGAAACUAUUAAAACAACAGAAACGCCGUUUAUCGUGGAUCCAGUUAUACCAAUUCAAAAUGAAAUGAAAACUUUCAGAUUUCAUGAAAUGAAUUCAGCCUGUGGAGUUUCUCUCUCAGCGCUGUUGCUAUGGGCCGCGUCUUUUGUUUUCUUUUUUACUUAG